AUUACCUUGCAGCUCAUGUCUACAAAAAGCUACACUGCACACUUCUCUUAGUUGGGCUGCUGAGAGGAAGGAAACACAAAACAUGCACACACACACACACACACACACACACACACACACACACAGACACACACUCAAGCUUCGUUUUCUGCAUGUAAAAUGUGUGUGUUCUUUAAAAGCCAGUGGUUGGCUGGUUUUCCGGACAUGAUGUGGUUGAAGCUGUCAUCGUAAUGGAAAUUCAUUGCUGUAGCUAUGGUAAAUCCAGUUUUCUGCCUGUGCUGAAUGCAUUAGUCUAAUGAGAUGUUUGCAGCCAGGGCGCAGGGCUGCUGGAGACUAACUGAGCUACUAACGCACGAGUGGAAGAUAGCUUUUGCAAUACUCGGUUUGCAUGUGCCGAAACUCAUCUGAGUCAACACUCUCGACCUGGUAAACAACCCGACCAGGGCUCUGGUGAACAAGCUGUAGCAUCUCUUCUGCCUGUGAGCGCAUUGUCACCUCAAUCCGUAAGACUGGCACCUGCAGAAAUGCAGUCUCAGAGGAUCCCUGGGAGAAAGCGAGGCCGACCCCCACUUCAUGCCACACCUGUGAAGAUGGCCGUUCAUAACCUCUAUUCUGCUUCAGCUGGUUCCUUACCAGCAGUGAAGAUCCCAAAGAAAAGAGGGCGGAAACCUGGGUACAAGCUCAAGUCGCAGGUUCUCAUGACCCCGUUAGCGCUCUCACCUCCGCGGAGCAUCCCGGAGCCCGACCUCAGCUCCAUCCCUCAGGACGCAGCCACAGUUCCCAGCUUGGUGGCCCCACAGGCCCUCACAGUCUGCCUCUACAUCAACAAGCAAGCCAAUGCAGGGCCGUACCUGGAGAAGAGGAAGGUGCAGCAGCUCCCGGAACACUUUGGGCCUGAGCGGCCAUCAGCAGUGCUGCAGCAGGCCGUCCAAGCAUGCAUUGACUGUGCCCACCAGCAGAAGCUGGUCUUCUCCCUGGUCAAGCAGGGCUACGGUGGCGAAGUGGUGUCAGUCUCGGCUUCUUUUGAUGGCAAACAGCACCUGCGGAGUCUGCCUGUGGUGAACAGUAUCGGGUAUGUCCUCCGCUUCCUCACCAAGCUGUGCCGAAGCCUCCUGUGCGAUGAUCUCUUCAGUCACCAGCCCUUCCCCAGGGGCUCCAGUGCCUCUGAGAAAUCCCAGGAGAAAGGCAAAGGGAGAAUGGAGUCAGCCAAGACAGUGACCAUCGAAGAGUGCCUGGUGAACCCUGCGGGCAUGAACCCCUACGGCGUGGACCCCUCCACCUCUGCCUUUAGCCACAGGGGCUCCUUGUCCCCUUCCUCUUCACAAUACUGCAAGAGACAGAACUCUGGAGAUGGCCACAUUGGGGGAGGCCCUGCCCCCACCCCUGGUGGUCCCCGCAGCGGCCCCAUAUCCUCUGGAGGCCCCUCGGCAGCUGGACUGAGACCCCCAACCUCCAGCCCCAAGAGAAAUGGGACUUCUCUGGAAGGAAACAGAUGUGCCUCAAGCCCUUUCCUAGACGGGACGGACGCCAGGCGGCCACGGAACAGGAACCCCUACACAUGGACCGUGGAGGACGUGGUCUGGUUUGUGAAGGACGCUGACCCGCAGGCUCUGGGACCUCACGUGUGGCUCUUCAGAAAGCACGAGAUUGAUGGCAAGGCUCUGUUGUUGCUGAAGAGUGACGUGAUCAUGAAGUACCUGGGCCUGAAGCUGGGUCCUGCACUGAAACUCUGCUACCACAUCGACAAACUGAAGCAGGCCAAGUUCUGAAGGUUGGUCCAAGCUGGAAGCAAAACUCCAAACAGCAGAUCUCAAGAUUAUCUUCUGCCUUACCAGAAUCCAGUCAACAGCACGAAAUAGAUUC